AUGUUUUCACGAUUAACCCCCUGGUUGGGGCGCUCUGUGCUGACGGGGACGAUCCCUCAGCGCUCAAUCUACCUCCAGAAGAGCGUCUUCGAGGUAGAGCGGAGGUACUUUUCAAGGAAUUUCCUGCUUCAUGAACGCAAUACAUCCGCGACGCCUUUUAAUACCCCAGAAUCGCAAAAGCGCAAUGCCUCUACAAUGUACUAUACUAUCAGUAUGAUCCUCGGAACGGUUGCCCUUGCAUAUGGAUCUGUCCCUCUUUACAAAAUGAUCUGCCAACAGACCGGUUGGGGUGGUCAGCCCAUCCUCACCCACCGAACCGGAGACGGUGAUACCUCUGCACGUGUGACACCAGUGACAGACUCUCGUCGUCUACGCAUCACAUUCAACGGCUCGGUAUCGGAUGUCCUCCCUUGGAAGUUUACUCCCCAGCAGCGCGAGGUCCGAGUGCUACCCGGCGAGACGGCGCUGGCAUUCUACACCGCAACGAAUAAGGGCCCGCAGGAUAUUAUUGGAGUCGCAACAUACAGUGUCACGCCAGGUCAGGUUGCACCGUACUUUAGCAAGAUCCAAUGUUUCUGCUUUGAGGAGCAGAAGCUCAAUGCGGGAGAAUCGGUCGAUAUGCCUGUUUUCUUCUUCAUUGAUCCUGACUUUGCUACCGAUCCUAACAUGAAGGGUAUUGAUACUAUUACCCUUUCAUAUACCUUCUUCAAAGCGAAAUAUGAUGACAACGGUGUUCUGACGCCAAUCGCGUCAUAA